AAGUUUCAAAAGUUUACUGAUGUCAUAGAAAAAAUUAAAAAUUUUGUAAAGGAAGUAUCACAAAUUACCGGAUUGCGAAAAUUUUUACAAGCAUCAGAAAUUAAGUCAAGAUUUGUAACAUUAUUGGAAGAAUUUGAUAGUCUUAUGAAUUUACUACAAUUUAGUAUGGUUGUGAGAUCAUCAGAUAUAAGUCAUAUAAUUCUUAAGGAUCUAGAAGAGCUUAAACAUUUUAUGGAGCGAAUAGAAGGUGGCAUUACAAAAAGAAUUGAAACUGAAACAAUAUUUAAUCCAAAUCUGGAAGAUAUUGCGAUCAUGAAUAUUGCAUGGCAAAAUGGUACUUUUCCAAUCAAUAAUAAAUUAUUUUCAUCUGUAAUGAUUAAUCAAGAUCUUAUAAUUGAUAAUCCAAAUGGAUUGAAAAGUGAAGAAAUUGUACAAGCAUUUUACAAAAAUCCUACUAGUGGUACUGAACCGGUAGCAUUAAAACUUUUAACUAAUUCAAAUGCUACUAAAGGCGAGGAGAAUAAAAAUAUCAAAAGUGAAAUAUUAAUCUUGAAACGAUUAAAGGAUUGUAAACAUAUUAUUGAAUUCUAUGGACUUGUUGAAAGAGAUACUGGUAUUUAUCUUGUUACACGAUGGGCUGAGAAUGGAAAUCUUAAAAAAUUUUAUAUGGAAAAUGAUGCUAUAACCUUCUGGAACAUAAAAGUUAAUAUAGCUCUUGAUAUUGCUCGAGCAUUAACCUUUCUUCAUUCUGUAUCUAUUUAUCAUCAUGAUUUGAGGUCAGAAAAUGUUUUGAUUACUGAUCGGUAUACAGCUAAACUCGCAAAUUUUACUCGAAGUCGUUGCUUUAGCGCGGAUACCAAUCCAAUGAAACGAACAUUAGAAAAGAUGAGAUACAUUGCUCCAGAGAAAUUAGUGAAUGAAUCACAGAGAUAUAAUAUAAAAUGCGAAAUUUUCAGUUUUGGUAGACUUCUUUGGGAAAUUGCUGAAUGUAAAGAACCAUUUGGUGAAUGUCAGGAUAUUUUAAUGCUUAAAAAGCUUGUUCUUAAUAAAAAAACUACUCUCAACUUCAGUUUUGAAGUUCCGAAAGAAUGGCAGGAAAUUACUAAUAAAGCAACGCAUUAUGAUCCAAAUCUUCGACUAGCUUUGAGCGAAAUUUUUAACAUUUUAUUUGAACUUUCUUUAAAACAUAGCGUUGGUGUCUCAUCCUAUAAAUCAAACUUAAUUUUUGACAAUGUUGAUAUUUCUAUUUCUCCUUCAACCAGAAUAGAUAGCCCAAAUGAUUUGAAUGAAAAGUCCUAUGAUGACUUUCCUGAUCUUGAUGUGAGUGAUAAUCAUAUGAAUCUUAAAAAUGUUUUAAGUAUUCAAGAUGCACUUAUAGAACAUAAAAAGCCGAAUGGAAAUAAAAAGAAUGCAUUUGAAGCAUUCAAGGUUCAUGCAGAAUAUGGUAACAUCACUGCAAUGUACUGGUAUGGUUAUUAUCUUGAUAAAGAAAAUAAUCAAUUUAAUUCUGAAGAAACUCGGGAAGAAAAACAAUGUCGAUUUAAGAAAGCAGCCGAACUUUUUAAGGAAACAGCUGAUGAAGGUCUAACAGAUGGUCAGCUUCGAUAUGGAUAUUGCCUAUGGCAUGGUAAAGGUGUACCCAAGAAUAUCCGCAAGGCAAUUAAAUUCUUUGAAAUGUCUGCUGAAGGUGGAAACCCUAUGGGAAUGUAUACUCUUGGAAACAUUUAUUAUAAAGGAAUAGAAAUUAAUAAAGAUAAAAAGAAGGGUGAAAAAUAUUUAAGACAUGCUGCCUUACUAAAUGAGGAGAAGGCAUUAAAGAUGU